UACUGGUGAAGAGGUCACGGUUAUCAAUCGGUGGUCCAUCGCUAGCGAGUUACAGCAAAAAAUUUGCCAUGUAAAUGCAAUAUAAAAACAAAAGUGCAAUAUUAGACAAUGUAAAAUGUGUUAAAGUCGACCAACUUCAGCUGCGAGCUCUGCCAUCCAAAAACCAUCGAACCUACCGAAUAGAUUGAUAGUUAGAUAGAGCCACUGGCAAAAGACGUCGCCAUGGAGUCCGCGGACGCACUCGUCGAGGAGCAGAAGCUGAUGGCCGAGGCCAAGUAUCGCACUUACAUGACCAACAUCGACAAGGCGCUGCGCAAUUUCGAGUACUCCAGCGAAUGGGCGGAUCUGAUUUCGGCCCUGGGCAAACUCAGCAAGGCGAUAUCGAGCAAUACGCAGUACCAGGUCAUACCCCGGCGACUGAAGAUAGCCAAGCGACUGGCCCAAUGCAUGCACCCAGCCCUGCCCUCCGGGGUGCAUCUGAAGGCCCUGGAGACCUACUCGGUGAUAUUCAGCAAAACAGGGCCGGAGCGCCUGGCCACGGAGUUUAUAUACAGCGCUGGUUUGUUCCCGCUCCUUGGCUACGCGGCCAUGAAUGUGCGUCCCGCCUUGUUGACCAUCUAUGAAACCUAUUUCGUGCCCCUGGGUGACAAGCUGCGGCCCGCUCUAAGCGGUUUCCUAAAUGGCGUACUACCCGGAUACGACUGCGGACUGGAUCACUUCGAGCGCAUUAGCUCUCUGCUCAAACAAGUGUGCAAUGCCGUCAAUCCCAUGCACUUUUACACGGUCCUAUGGGAGUCUGUGGCCAACAAUGCAACCAUUCGCCUGCCGGCCAUCACCUACCUACUGGAACACUUCAACAAGCGAUUGGACAUGCAAGAGCAGAUCUACAUCAUGGGGCACAACAGGGAGAUCAUGAUGUCGGCCCUGUGUGUCUGCCUGAACGAUUCGCUGAUCCUGGUGCAGCGAAACACGCUGGAGUUCCUGCUGCUUGGCUUUCCCAUGCACACGGCGCUGCUCUCCGAGGAUGACUUGGUGAAACUAGUCACCAACGGGCUCAAUACCAUACUCCGCAGGGACAUGUCGCUCAACAGGAGACUGUUCAGCUGGCUCUUAGGCAGCGAGGUGGCCAAGAACUCGCCAACCUAUGAUACCCUAUCGUUGGACACCUCAAACGCUCCACUAGAUGAGGAACCAGAACCGUAUUUCAUUAAGCAUUCGCGGCACAUUCUUAUCAGAGCUUUAAUCACCACCCUCAGACUGAGUUUGGAGUGUGCCCCAAUGGACCUAAAGCCCUACAGGAUCAUGCUCUCCCUACUCGACAAGGCGGAGAUUGGCAGCGCUGUGCUGGACUACGUGCUUCAUGACAUUAUUCGGGCCAUGUACAUCUCGAGUGGCAAUGCGGAGGCUUUAAAGUCAGCCAACCUGCUGUUUGCCACCUUCGAUCCAGCUUAUAUUUGGAGCUACAUGACCAACAUGUUUGAAAAGGCCUGCCAACAGGCGAACCCCGCGCAGGACAAGUCUCAGCCGGGAGAAACCUCCGGAAAAUAUGCAUGCGACGUGGGAUCUGGCGAUCCCUGUGUAAUGGAGAUCUGCGUGCUGACAGAAUUCCUGCUGGAAACCGUUUCUCUGGAGAUGUACACGGAAACCACUAGGGUGUACCUUCCCAAGGUGUUCCUGGCCAUCACCCAGCUUCUUUCCCUGCACAUGGAUCACGUAAGCAGCAACGAGAUUACUGCGUCGCUUAAGCUCUGCAUGAAAAUCGUCUCGAGGGUGCAGCCUAUGAUAACAAGUCCCAUAAAACUGAACAAGCUGGUGGAUCAGAGCGGGGGCUCUUCGUCGGAUGAGAAGAUUACUGUAAAUUCGGCGAGUGAGACUGGAAAGGUGGAGUCCGGAGCGCAUGGUAAUUCCCUAGAGAAGAGCAAAUCCGACUCACGGCUAAACCAAUUUGCGGAGAACACACUGCAAGGGGCCGAUCUCAACGAUGAAGAGCUCAUCCGGCGCUCAGCGUCCAAUCAAAGCGUGGGACGUCAAAGUCCCAGCAAGAAGAAGGCCAAGUCAAUUUCUCGACUCUCGGAGCUGGAUAAGGAUAUCAGCGCCUCAGACCCGCAGUCAUCCUCGGAUCUGGACACUCCGCGGAGCAUAAAGAAGCUGAAGGCCAAGGCUAGGGUCCCAUUCAUACGAAGCCCCAAAAAGCAGCGACCCAAGGAUAUUGUCCUGAUUGAAUCGAAUGCUUCAACGGAAGUGGGAGAUGGACCUAGUGCAGAAGAGCCAAAGAGUGCUCCGCCGGAUCAAUCGCCGCAGUUCCAGCUGGAUGAGGAGAGCCGAGCAUCACAACAGCGCGGAUUCUCCAUUUUGGAGAAGUGCAUUCGCCAGUACGAAAUCUUCUUCGAGGUUUAUUUGGCCCGUAAACUGCUCCAUAUUGAAGCGGAGCCGAAAGAAUGCGCAGUGAAGGUGCAGCUACAGCGAACCACAAGCACCAUCCAUACAUCCAAUCUUUUUAUGGCCGAGCAGGUGCUGGAGCACGAGUGUCCACUGAGGGAGUCACAAAUCGAGCGAUUGUUUAACUUGCUUCGGGUGGACAUUGUUCCGCGUUCCAAGCAGCUGCAGCGCUUGCUCAAUCGAUCCUUGCCGCUCCCCGUCAGUGCUAGUGAGCUAAGCAGCGACAGUGAGGCUCAGGAGGAGAAGCUACAGAGCCUGCUUAUUGAUGGACAGACGCAGCGUAGUGUACAGCAGCUAGCCGAGCUUCAAUUGAGCAGCUCUCUGCGUGGAGCAGUUAAACUAGCGGCUACUCUGCUGGUGGAGAUGUCUACCUUCCCAAACUGCAAUAAACACAUCGUGCUGGACAAGAAUGAGCCUGAAUUGCCAAACUGGUUGAAGGUCCUGUGCCUGGUGGCCUGCUUUGCCCAAAGCGACAAGGAGCUGCAGGUGGCGUCUAUUACCACGCUCUUCGAUUUGAUAAGCCUACUACGCUCGCAAAUCGAGCAUACGACCAGUCCAGGAGUCACCUUUGUGGUGAUGCUGCCGCUUCUAAAGUUUGGUCAUGUCAGCUACAUGGAGCAGCAAACGCGCGUGUUCCAAUUGGUCAGCUCCAUUUUGUGGGAUUACCUAGGCGCUGCAGGCAUAGAUCCUGCCCAGAUUGCUGCUCUACUUCAUCAGCUACACAGCUGCCUGGAAAGCGGUCUGGUGGAAACCAUCAUCGGGAAUCGAAUGCAAGCCCAACAUUUGCUACAAAUACAACCGCAAUCCCGUGCAGAUUUGGGGAAAACUGCCCUACGUAACUUCCAACUGGAGCGUUUGGCGGAUGCUCAACUCCUCUGUCCUACGGAGUCCACGGAAAGAUUGAGAGAAAGUCAGGCCCGAAGCUUCAAAAAGUUCGAGCUGUUGUGGCACCUCGGCAGAGAUAAGCAGACUACACGUGGAUUCGAGAAGACGCUGCUUAAAGUGCUGGACACCCUCGCUUUACCACAUUAUAUGUCCGAGCGCACUUUUGUGACCAACUGGCUGCAGGCGUCGCUUCUCCGCGGCGAUCUUGCCCGCCUAACCAAGCCUCUCUACAAGAUCCUACUCUCGGCCAGCUCCAAGCGCGUUGGCAUCGUCCACAUGCAGCAGCUGUAUCGUGAAGUCGAUACCGAGGCUACGCCUGCUUUCGAGCGGGAUGUGUACGCCAUCAGUUCGGAGCAGGGCAAUGUCAAGUACCACCACAUGGAGAACUCCAGUGGUGUUAAGAAGAAGAGUCCCAUCAGGAACUUCCCCAAGAAGAUCUUUGGAGUCACAUUGAGUGGGGGCAAGGCCAACAAGGUUUCCAACUUUGUAAGCGACAAAUCCACUGUUGCCGCUUGCGCUGAAGCCACGCAGGAUUUAAACACCAUCGGGCUGAUCAUUAAUCCACUAGAGAAUGCCAACGACUUUGACGACGAAACAGAUCUGGAAGAGCCUCGCAUUGAGAUCCCGCAUAAGGAGACGCCGCUGGAGCAGAAACUAGCCAGCGCAAUGGACGAGAGCGAGCAACGUUCGCAGGAGCAUCCACCUAAUCAACCGGAUCUUCAAUUCGACCAGGAUAUUACCGACCACUCGGACAGCAGCGACUUCGAGUCUGAUUCUGAGCUUCGCGAAACGAGCAUAGAGAAAGAAGACAGCCUGACGGUCAGUUCCAGUGCUGGUGUUAGUGAUGAUGUCAAGCGCUUUGUAGGCGACUGUGAAAGUGUCACUGAGGCGUUGACCCAGCACGAAAAGAUCAAGAGCCGCAAGACCUAUCGGUUGACCAGGGAAAAAACACCAGGGGAAACCAGCCUAAAUUCUCUGGAGCAGAAGGAUCAUGAUAGCAUCCCUGACCUCCAGGCAGAUGCGCUUCCAGCGGAUGAAUAUUUCAGAGAAGACAAAAAGCUAGGAAAGCGUAAGAAGCUGCUGACUGCUGGAGAGAAGAAACGACUGAGCUGCAUUUCAAAGACCUCUACGGAUAGUAAUAUCAGUGGCUCUCACGUCGAACAACCGGAGCAGGAGGAAGAAUCAGAGCCAGCAACCGAAUCCACUAUCAAUGUGGAGGACAAGAGACGUAAUCUCAGUCUAGAAACCAGCAAGCUUCAGCCUGACAUACAGAAAACCCUGGAGAAGGGCAAACAGAACGUGGAGAUCCUGCGGCAAAAUAAUGCAGCUGCAGCUGCUGCAGCGGCGGCCGCGGCAGAGGAGCAGACCAGUCUGCGCAGCUCUGUGAAGAGCACGGUUUCCCUGGCGGAUGCGGCUCAUCUGUACCACAACCACCUUCUGAUCUACUUGGCUAUUUACGACACCCGUCAGACCCUGUACGCCCUACAAACGCUUCGCAACAUUAUCUGCUGCGAUCGACGAACUUUCCUUUGCCUGUCGAUAACCACAUCCUUUUCGAGCGCCAGCCUGAAACAGUUGCUUGUGCGCCAUCGCAAGAGCAUCUCCGGUAAAGGAUUCGAUGGUGGGGUGGGAAGCUCCGAGUACGCUCAAGGAUAUCGCGGUUGCAUGCAACUGGAGCUGCUGGUCACGCUCUGCUUGUUCUACGCCCGUGGUUACUUCCAGAAGGAAUCUCUGGACGCGCAGCGACAGCCACCCACGCUCCAGGAUAUUGUGAACAAUCGGAGGAUCCAGUUGGAAAGCAUUGAACUGCUGACCCUGAUCUGCUCGGAACUCAUAGAGAUUGUCAAAGGCAUGGGCAAGGGCCUGGCCAACUAUAUUGCCGAUUUGUUGGCCCGCGCCAAACUGCAAAAGGUGAUGCUGCACUGUCUCAACAGCUCGGUGUGCAGUUAUGGCCGUAGAGCCAACUCUAACAGCGGGAGUUAUGCGGAGCAGGUGCUCAGCUUUAAUGAUCCCCAGGACGAUCAGCUGCACGCGGACUGCUUCCAGCUCCAGCUGCUACGUUUGCUGUUGGCUGUAAUCCGCCUGGAGCACGAGGUUCAUCAGUUGCGCCAAGACACGCCUCCGUCCGCUGGCGAGGACUCGACAGGCAACGCGUCGCCCACUCGCUUAGCAGAGGGAGCGACUCCCAAUGUAAAGUAUCUGCCCAACUGCCUGAUUAGUCAGCAGCCCAUGUUUCUGGCUGCUGUGUUGGGUGCACUACAGCAGGAACGGUUGCGGCACUUACACCGCAACUGGACGGACUUGGUGACCUCAUCGCUGAACUGUUUCUCAUUUGGCUCACUCACGAACAUUGUGAUUAGCGUAGUUCAUCAACUAUGCAGCAAUCUAGACCGCCUCUCCAAAAUGGGUCUCCAGCAGCAGCGGCACUUCCCUCCGGAUUAUGUGGUAUCCCAACUGGAGGCUCUAACCAUCUUGUGCCACUACUGUUUACUGGACAAUACGCAGCAGACUGCUCUCUCACACCUGUUUAAUCAAGCUUACCCGCAGACCAGCUCGUCGGCACAGAGCUCUAGCACGGGUCAGUUGCUCAACAGCAUCGUACAUUCAUUCCUCUCGGCCAGCGAGUCCUCCAGUUCAGCGCCGGCUCCAAGGAAUCCACAGCUGCAGGCUGCACGCAAUGCCGUUCUCUCGCAUCUUCCAAGGAUUAUGAGCAGUGUGGCUGCCAUAUGGGACAGCGAGCUAGGACAGUUGCGCCCGGUUCGCCAGCAGCUUCUUGAGUUCCUAUCGCCGGUGUCCUUGCAUCAUGGCUGCAACUUCCUGGCGGCUGUGGCUGUCACCUGGCAGCAGCGGGGCAUUGCCGCAAACAUGAGCGGAUUGAGCAUCGCAGAGCAGUUCCAGAGAAACUCCGCUCUACAGGCGUGUCCCGCUCAGCUUUCGUUGGUUUCCUUAGUUUCUAGCAUUCGGGUAAUGCCCAUGGAUUCCUUCGUUAUGACACUGCACCACGUGGUGCGUUCACCCCCGCCAAUCCACCGACCACCUGCCCAGCUUAGCAUCGAGGUGAGCUCUCUGGAGCUAUUUUACUUCUACAUGAGGUCUGCUCCUGCUCCUCAGUUGGCGGAUGCCUGGAGCUCACUGCUGGCUCUCAUCCGGGAUGGCUUAAAUCUGACACCACCGGCGCAGUUUGCUUUACUAAUGCUCCUGAACGAGUUCGUCCAGCGCUGCCCGCAGAUGCCAUUCCAGGACAAAAAGGAAGUGCGGGAGCUACAUGACGUGACCUCUCGAUUGGUAGACUCUCUCUCCAGCGUGGCUGGAUCCUGUCUAGAGCAGACCACCUGGCUGCGUCGUAACCUGGCCGUAAAAGAAGAUACUGAUGGGUUGGCCAAGGAUAACAGCGUAGGAGGUGGUGGACUUCAGCAAUAUUCGCUGCAGGCUCAGAGUGUUCUAGCAGCCAUACUCUCUAACCUACUGGACGUGGCCUACGGUUCCCAGGAGAAGGACAAGGUGGUCAACAUAGUGACGCCGCUGCUAUACAAUAUAACCCCAUAUUUGAAGAACCACACUGCUCGGAACGUGCCCUUUUUCUACGCUUGCUCCGCUCUGCUGGCCAGCCUGAGUGGCUACCAGUACACUAGGAAGGCGUGGCGGAAGGAUAUGCUGGAUCUCCUGCUGGACAAUGCCUUCUUCCAGAUGCACCUCUCGUGCCUGCCCUUCUGGCGCAUGAUCAUGGACAGUCUGAUGACCUACGACAACACAACGUUCAGGGAGCUUAUGACCCGCGUCUCACUUUCCCAGGCGGGCAGCCUGAAUAUCUUUACGUCGCGGGAUCAGGAGUACGAGCAGCGGGCCAUGCUGCUCAAGCGACUCGCCUUCGUCAUCUACUGCAGCGAGUUCGACCAGCACAACAAGUACAUGCCGGACAUCCAGGAGCAACUGGCUAACAGUCUGCGACUUGUUCCCAUGGGACCUUCAGUACAGGCAGCCGUUUUCCUGUGCUUCCGUGUGCUGCUUCUACGCAUGUCACCUGACCACGUCACCUCGCUGUGGCCCAUAAUCAUUGCGGAAAUGGUGCAAGUGUUUCUGCAAAUGGAACAGGAACUGAAGUCGGAGAGCGAGGAGAGAAACCAACAAAUGCGUAUGCCUUCGGGAAUUGAUGUGUCCUGGUCCUCUGCCUCAGGAGCUAGCAAUGGCUACAAUUCCCAGACGCCGAUGCAGCAUUGGCGAUCGGUGCAGCUGGAGGCCUGUAAACUCCUGGAACUGGGAUGCGUGCUGCCCGCUACCAAGCUGCCACAUUUCCAGAUGUACCGAUGGGCUUUUGUGGGCACCGAGUUCGAUGUGCACGAAGAGGAGGUGCGCCUGCCCAACGGAAGUUUGGAGAACCUGGCCACCUUGCCCACCGCACUGUAUGUGCCGCAUGUGAGCCGUGUGGCCAGGCUGAUGGAUAUGAAGUACACCAGUCAAUCACCGGUUCUGCAACGUCCCAGCAAUAGACAUCUCAUGUUGCACUUCCAGCAACUGCAGUCGCUGCAGGAGCUGUACGCCUUCUUCACUACGCUGGGCAUCAGUUGCCCCCAGCCACGUAACUUCGCCGACACGGAGAACGACGUGGCUAACUGCCUGCAGGAGAUCGAGGAGGUACUGGCCAACGAUUUCCUGGAGAAGCUGCCCAGCAUAACCACGCCAAGAUGAAAACCGGCCGUUGCCCACCGGCAGACACAGUCGCAGAUCCAAGCGAGUGGGUCCCUGUUCGAGCUCAAGCUUAAUCUUAAUCUGGGUGUGGAGUCUGCUAUGGAGCCGGGAAGUGGUGGCCAGGCAGCCCGCAUCCUGGCCGCCGUGCAGGCCAAGCUGACCAGCCAAAAUGCCGAGACGAGCUUUACGCAGCCCCAAAACACCAAUGACAGCAGCAACAAUAAGAAGACCAACUUUCCAUUUUAUGUCUAAUUAAGAGAUGCAGCAGAAGACGAUGCCGAGUAUGAUAGCUAGCUAUAUAGAUAGAAACCCGGGUCGAGUGUAUAACUGUCCGUAAAGUGAUCUAUCGUUUUAAAUGUUGAAUGUUUAAGAACGCGGUAGCCUAAUAGCCAAUAGCACCCUGUAUGUAUAUGUAACCAAUGUAUUUAACUGUUGAUAGUUGCUCCCGAGUCGAUGUGAAUAAGAGAUGUGUAUAACGACAAACUGCAAUCAAAUAAAAUAAAAUCGCAUUUUAUUGCAAA